GGUGACGCAGCUGUGCGUUAUUUUCUGACUGUUAUGGCGGACUGCUGUUUCUUCAGUGAUAUUCAGCCCAGAACCCUGAAAGAAAGUCGUUCAAGAUACGAGUCGGUCUCGAACCUGUUUCAUACAAUAUAGCCAGUUUUCUUGAAGGGGCUUUUGAGUUCUUCUGUGUGGUGACCCCGCCCCAUGUAAUAUGUUGGCGAAGGAGCCACUGGAAUAUAACAGCAGGGUUAUUAAAUAGAAAUCUGAAAUAAAAACCACCGUGUCGGGAUAAACAACCAGAAGAAGAAUAGAAGGCGCCCCGGCGAGACAGAGAGCGACCCAGCAUGAAAUUCGCGGAGCAUCUCUCGGCACAUAUCACUCCCGAGUGGAGGAAACAAUACAUUCAAUAUGAGGCUUUCAAAGAGAUGCUGUAUGCUGCCCAGGACCAGGCCCCGUCCAUAGAAGUCACAGACGAUGACACAGUUAAGCGCUACUAUGCCAAGUUUGAGGAGAAGUUUUUCCAGACUUGUGAAAAAGAGCUUGCCAAAAUCAACACCUUCUAUUCAGAGAAGCUAGCCGAGGCCCAGCGCAGGUUCGCUACCCUCCAGAAUGAGCUGCAGUCCUCCCUGGAUGCCCAGCGGGAGAGCAGCAAUGCUCCAGGACUGCGCCGCCGCCGCAAGACCGUUUUCCACCUGUCACACGAGGAGAGGGUCAAAUACAGGAACAUCAAGGACCUGCAGCUAGCCUUCAGCGAGUUCUACCUCAGCCUCAUCCUGCUGCAGAACUACCAGAAUCUGAACUUCACUGGCUUCAGAAAGAUCCUGAAGAAGCAUGACAAGAUCCUGGAGACUCAGCGUGGGGCAGACUGGAGAGUGGCUCACGUGGAGGUGGCACCAUUCUACACCUGCAAGAAGAUCAACCAGCUCAUCUCUGAGACAGAGACUCUGGUCACCACGGAGCUGGAGGGAGGAGACCGGCAGAAAGCCAUGAAGAGGCUGAGAGUGCCCCCUCUGGGAGCUGCACAGCCUGCGCCAGCUUGGACCACCUUCAGAGUUGGGCUGUAUUGUGGCGUAUUCAUCGUGCUAAACAUUACCGUCAUACUAACAGGUGUGUUUCUGUAUGAGGACAAGACGGUGUGGCCAUUGGUCCGUAUUUACCGUGGUGGUUUCCUGCUCAUCGAGUUCCUCUUCUUGUUGGGGAUCAACACAUACGGUUGGAGGCAGGCCGGAGUCAACCAUGUACUGAUCUUUGAACUGAACCCCCGAAACAACCUCUCCCACCAGCAUCUCUUUGAGAUUGCAGGGUUCCUGGGGGUGUUGUGGUGCAUGAGCAUCCUGUCCUGUCUGUAUGGGAGUUUCACGAAGGUACCCAUGCACGCCAACCCCCUCAUCCUCUACGGGUUCAUGCUCCUCUUCCUCUUCAACCCCACCAAGACCUGCUACUACAAAUCACGCUUCUGGCUGCUCAAGAUUCUGUUCCGGCUGUGCACAGCUCCAUUCCACAAGGUGGAAUUUGCUGAUUUCUGGCUGGCUGACCAGCUCAACAGUCUGGUCAUUGUGCUGAUGGACCUGGAGUACAUGGUGUGCUUCUACAGCUUCGAACUCCAGUGGGAAGAAAAGGAGGGACUGCUACCCAAAGAGAUAAAAAACCCAGUGUGUCACAGCUACACUUACGGGCUGCGGGCCAUCAUCCAGUGCUUGCCAGCCUGGUUCCGCUUCGUGCAGUGCCUGCGCCGUUACCGUGACACCAAGCGAGCCUUCCCCCACCUGGUGAAUGCUGGGAAAUACUCCACCACCUUCUUUGUGGUCACCUUCGCUGCUCUGUACAACACUCACAAAGAGCAGAGCCACAGCGACAGCCAGGUCUUCUUAUACCUGUGGAUAGUCUGCUGUGUGGUCAGCUCCUGCUACACACUCAUCUGGGAUCUGAAGAUGGACUGGGGGCUGUUUGACAAGAACGCCGGGGAGAACACCUUCCUACGAGAGGAGAUUGUGUACCCACAGAAAGCUUAUUAUUACUGUGCUAUAAUUGAAGAUGUGAUUCUGCGCUUUGCCUGGACCAUUCAGAUCUCCAUCACCACCAUGACUGCCCUGCCCUGGGCCACAGACGCCGUCUGCACGGUCGGAGCUCCACUCGAGGUCUUCCGGCGCUUCGUGUGGAAUUUCUUCCGCCUGGAGAACGAGCACCUGAAUAACUGUGGCGAGUUCCGCGCAGUCCGCGACAUCUCGGUGGCUCCACUCAACGCCGAUGACCAGACUCUGCUGGAGCAGAUGAUGGACCAGGAGGAUGGGGUGAAGAACCGGCAGAAGAGCAAGUCCUGGAAACGCAGCCACAGCGUGUCCCUGCGCCGGCCGCGCCUCGCCUCACAGUCGAAGACGCGUGACACCAAGGUAUUAAUAGAAGACACUGAUGAUGAAGCGUACACCUGAGACCUGAGCACAGGCCCACCCUGUCUACACUGCACAUCUCAAAUCAACCCUCCCUAAGUUCCUCUGCUCCGCUCCUCCAGACCUGAGCACAGGCCCACCCCAUCUCCACUGCACAUCUCAAGUCAACCCUCCUAGAGUUCCUCCACUCCGCUCCGCUCCUCAAGACCUGAGUACAGGCCCACUCUGUCUCCAAUACACAUCUCAAAUCAACCCUCCCCGAGUUGCUCCGCUCCGCUCCUCCAGACCUGAGCACAGGCCCACCUGUCUCCACUGCACAUCUCAAACCAACCCUCCCCAAGUUCUUCCUCUUUUCUACUCCAGAUCUGAGCACAGGCCCACCCUGUCUCCACUGCACAUCUCAAAUCAACCCUCCCUGAGUUCCUCCACUUUGCUCUGCUCCUCAAGACCUGAGCACAGGCCCAUCCUGUUUCCAGUGCACAUCUCAAAUCAACCCGCCCCGAGUUCCUCCUCUCCGCUCCUCCAGACCUGAGCACAGGCCCACCCUGUCUCCACUGCACAUCUCAAAUCAACCCUCCUCGAGUUCCUCCACUCCGCUUUGCUCCUCAAGACCUGAGCACAGGCCCAUCCUGUCUCCACUGCACAUCUCAAACCAACCCUCCCCGAGUUCCUCCGCUCCUCUCCUCCAGACCUGAGCACAGGCCCAUCCUGUCUCCACUGCACAUCUCAAAUCAACCCUCCCCGAGUUCCUCCGCUCCGCUCCUCCAGACCUGAGUACAGGCCCACCCCGUCUCCUCCUGACUCGGAUCAGCACAGCCCAAGAGCCCACGGUCCUCCAUGAGCUCUAAUUUUCAAGGGUUUAGUUUUUUUUGUUUGGUUUUUUUGUACAUCAUUAUGUUGUUUUGUUUUCGGCAAUCAUUUGAAGUUACAUAAAAGACUGUUUACAUACGAAUAUAUCAGGAUCAACAAGAAAAACUUAACAAAUAAAGAGCAGAGGACUCGGGAACUGGACAACAAACAAAACAACGCAGCCUGGGCCGGUUUCAGCUGGUUCAAACCGGUUUUUAGUUCUGUGUUUCUUUUUUUUUAUUUUUUUGUUGCGUGUGACCCUGGAUGCACUUGCAGGAAAAGUGCACAAAACAAGCAAGAAGGAAACAGCAAGUACAACAUUGUUCUUUGUCGGCUAAGUUGUCUUUUACAUUGUUUUUGAUAUGUGUUUAUUCUGAUUUCAAGAAAUGUUUUCAUAUUAUUUAUGAGAAGAGUAAAGGUCUCAAGUCCUGUGCAAUGAUGUGAUAUAAGUGUUAUGUUGACUAUAGCUAUUGUCAGGCUUUGCUGUGACUUUUCAGACAGCAGAGUCUGUCUUUACCUUCAGUAGUUUAAAAACCUUUAGGUGGCACUGCAGAUCUGUUUAGGAGAGCUGCAUGGUUCACUGGUCCACCUUUUUGGGGUGUUUGACCAAUCUAGCCAAAGUUUUAAACAUGCUAUUUGUCUGUGUAGUUUUGGGAGUGCCUGCAGUAUGUAGGGCCCUGUGCUUGUCACUGUUUCACAGUUUAGAAUUGGGUAUAAAAAAUAACAACUUUGAAAUGUUAGUGUUUAUAAAAAGUAGUCUAAUAUAAUUUGUGUUUAUGUUAUUAAAGUAGGGACGCUAUGGAAGCUUACGUGAGGGUUGAGGAUAGAGCUAUAAAAUCCAGUUAGCAACAGUACCAUUCUACAUCUGCAGUAACAUUAGAGAUUAAAACCAUGUUUUUUUUAAGGCCAAAGUUUACAUUAAAAAAAAAAAAGCUAUUUAAGUUUUUAAUGAUUGUUAUAAGAUGUGAGUUUUUAAUGAUGUCAUCUUCAUGGUUCAAACCCUGUUUUACUGCGCUGUCAUUGGGGGUACUUGAGUAGUAUAGCCUGUGUUUAUUUAAUUGCACAAUCACUUUGCAGUCUACAGGGGCACUGGAAUACAUUUGGAAACAGCUGCCAGAUGAAAACCUUCAAAAUAUAUUCCUGCUUUAAAAAAAAGAUCUAAAAUAAAGGAUGCAUACUAAUAAACUCACUAUUAGCAACUAAGGGAUUUCACUAAAAUCCAACAUGCCUUUUAAAACUGCUGGAACAAGCAUUAGAUAUAUUCAUUUUAAUAGCAGGAGAUCAAAAUAAUUGCGCUUUAUUUCUAAGUUUACAGUGAUACUGAAUACGCUGCUCAUCUGGUAGAUUAUUUAAUUCUACCCAACAACAUUGCUGAUGAAAAAUCAUUAGGCGAGGGAGAUAUUCUUAGAAUGAGACCUAGAAACAGCCCUCUCAUUUCUGAGUUAAUAAACAGUACUACCUGAUUCACACAACAUUCAGGUGAUGUACGAUAUUAUUUAAUUACCUGUUUGUUUUUUUGCUGCCUAAAUGAAUAGAUUCAGGUUUCUAGCUAAAUUAAGAGUGUUGGUCUUAUUCCACCACUAAGGCAACAGCCAAUGAAGCAGAAAGAUGUAGUUAACAAAAGCUUGAGCUAAGAAUAUGUUCUUAAUAGACAUCUAGGAGAGAUAGGUAGAUGUUUUUUUUUUCUUAUUUGUAAAUACUAUUUAAAAAAAGAAACAAAAGAAAAAGAUUUUUUGAUUUUAAUGUCCGUUUAAUAUCCAUCUUCCUCGUUGCUAAUAUGUGCCACAAAGCCACCUCAAGGGUUUUAAACGUGCAGGAUUAUUACCAUUAGUGUGUGGAUCGUAUGGACAAGAGGGGGAGGAAACUGAAGGGUUAUCAUGCUGGGGUCCUGACUGGGAAGCUGGGAAUAGAAGGUCCAGGGGGCUAGCAGUAGCUGCUGUGGUUAACUGAAACACUGCAGUGGUGGCACAAAAUGAAAUCGUUGUCAAAUGAGUUGAUUACAUUUUUCCCAUCAGCCUCCUGUCUAAUGCAGUAUGUGUCCCUGGUCUGAUUUGAGUGUUUUUACCUGGUUUGAAUCCUCUGAACAGAACCUGAAAAUAAGUUCUGAACCUGGUUGUCCUGUAGCCAUUAUAAUCAGGCUUCUGUUUUUCAUGCCAAGAAAUGAAACCUUGUUUUUUUUACCUCUAACAACAGUCUCACAGUGAUCCUAUUGUUUUACUACUAGUUUAGUUUCCCAGCCUGCUUCCUAAUUAUCCUGCUACCCCCUUCUUAUGCCGUGCAGCAGGUAUUGGGACCCCUGAUUCAGUGACAUCCAGUCAAAACUAAGUUAUAGACUGAAAAACUAAAUGGUAUACAAUAAAUAACGGGGCUUAAGCAAAAGCUGUGUUGCUGUUGAGAGGUAAGAAAAUACUUUUUAAAAGCUCACCUCUUUAGCCAAUUAUCUGUUUGUUAAGGUUUCCUUUUCUUUUUUUUAUUCAAUGGGAAUUUAAUUCAAAUUUGUAGAUGUUGUUUUGUUUGUGACGAGUAUAACCAAAUAAAACCUGGAAUCACCCAAUUCCCCUUUCUCUGUGCGCGCGCGCGUGUGUGUGUGUUGGUUUAAAAUAAACGCUGAAAUUCAGAACCACAUCUGUAUAGGUUUGGAUGUAUUGAAAGAAAGAAAGUUGUGUGCUUCUGGCAUAUGAUGGGAUACUGAAUACAAUGUGAAUAUCUGCAAUGUAAUCAGACUCAUUUACGCAGUGAUUUUGUUGCAUGCUAUCAUUUGUACACAGACUGGCAUUGUCUAUGUAUAUGGUGUUGUCUUCAUUCUUGUGAGAAACGUGCACAGUCCUUUUAUUAUCACUUCCAAGGGAAUGAGAGUAUUGGCAGAGUUAGCCUGGCAAAGUAAGAACAUAACCUCAAAGAAGAAAAGUGCACUGCAUUUACUGUGUGCUAAUUAGGGCAUUAGUUAGAAUAAUGUUCUUUUAAUAUAAUAGAUUUGAAUUGAGUACAGUCUACUAUGCUGUAUGUACAUGUACAGCGCAUUAUACUUCUUUCAUAAAGCUGUAAACAGAUUGCAUUGCAUUACUGUAUAAAUGUGAACAUUUAAAAACUACAGCUUUGUAGACUGGUUUCAGCUCAUCACUGUUGUGAAUACAACUUUAGCCCUUUAAGUGUAAUUGCAUGUAAACAAUCUUGUUUUAUUUUCUGAAGUGAUAUUAAGUGGUCUGAUAAACAUGAUCUGACAAACAAGAAGAAAAGGGAUGCUAUUGGGAUCUUGUCCUCUUCAUAUUCAGGGCAUUUCAUUUGGAUUACAUUUACCAAAGUGGCAUUAAACAAUCUGGUUGUGCUUGAACAACAGUAUUUUAAUAAAGCUUUCAGAAAGAACCGCCACUAGCCUUCUGGAAUACAAGAGAACCAAUGGGAUUGUCUCUUUCAGCUGCAUUCCGCUCUGCCUUUCUGUUUGUGCAUCUGCAGCCCAAUCACUCAGUUGGCUUUCCCUGAUACAAGUGACAAUGUGAAUGUUUGCAAACCGUGGUUUAUUAGCGUGGAGUGUAAUGUAUUUGUUGUACGAGUUUGAGAAAGGUAUACAGUGGCUCCAAGCAUGAUUCAGACACAGCUGACUUACAUUUUGAUAUCCAUAAUUCUUUAUAUUAAUUUAAUUGUGUUCCCACUUCACUGUAAAGCUAAGUACAGGAAUGGGGUAUAAACCAAGGCAACUGAGUCAGUCAAAAACAUACUGUAUUCCUUCGAAUUUGAGGAAAAAAUAAAACCUCAAAUAAAGAUGUACUUCCAAGUAUACAACCUCAGUUACUCAUAUAAGAAAACAAUGUUUGUGUCACUCAGAGCAUUAGUUAUGAGCUGCUUCUCAUUUCCAGUCUGCUGUCACUCAAAGCAUUACAGUUAUGAGCUGCUUCUCAUUUCC